AUGGAUUCAACAGCAUUGUUGUGCAACAUCUGCCCUAAACGUCCCAGGUUCAGCGACGUAUCACAUUUGCUAACGCAUGUCGCAUCUAAGGCCCAUCUCUCACAUUACUUUAAGCUUCAAGUACGCAGUCACCAGGAGCAGCAAGCCGAGACUUUACUCAAUGACUACAACCAGUGGUACGAAGCCAACAAUCUGGCAAAGCUCCUGUCGGAUCGUAUGUCAUCCAAAGACUCACGCAGGAGGAAAUCGCAAGGGAAGUAUACCGUGCCGGACAGCGUCGGACAUACGGAAAGGGACGAUGGGUACAAGGCCAAGCCCCUGCAGGCUUACAACUCACACAACACCGUUCAAAACUGCAUUGACCCCCGUCUCUCGGACCCUUUCAUAAACUCAAGCUCCAAUACAGGGUAUACGCGAGCACUUACGGCAUCGCCCCAGGACCAAGAGGUGGAACGAGUAUCUCAUAAAUGGGAGAGAGACGAUGAAGAUGACUCUGGAGACGAGAAGUCUCCCUUUACUCUCGCUGCGCCAUGCUGGCCCAACGAUUUCAGGCCAAAGGAAGACCGAGGGAUCCAGCCCUUGAGCACACCCUUCAUCUACGAUCCUUUCGUUGACGACAACGAUAAUUUCGAGUACUCCAACGGCAAUGAAAUGGAUAAAGAGAGGGCGGACGAAAUCGCAAGACUCAAAGGGGUCCUGUGGCCGGGAAUGGAUAUUUUCGACUCUGCCACCGAGCAGAUGAAACGGAAACGCAACCAGAAAAAGGACGAGAGCAUCCUGAAGAUGAUGGAGAAAACAUCAAUGGGCGUGGAGCCCACGGAGUUGGUCUUCUCCCCGACUGGUAUCCUGCGAAAGCAACGUGUGAUAUCGGGUAAUGUUGAAGACAGCAGUCCUCUGAAAGGGGAGACACCGAUUCCGAAGAAGCGAGCCACUCGCCCCAAGCGAGUACUUUCUCAGGUGGACCCGAACGCUCAACGCGGGCUGGAACGGAAAAAGCUUCGGAAGACUAUCAAGCAAGACUGCGAUGGCUCCGUGGGAGGCGUGUACCAGCAUGAUCUAUACACUCCCCAGAGAGCCCUGGUCCAAGUAGCUGGUCGCCUUGGUGGCCAGAUGCCUGCCGGGAACGAUACGGACGAAUUUGCCUUGGCCCUUGGCGACCAUGACUUUCAACAGCAUAGCAAAUUCGCCAUAUUCCGUGACAUGUCUGUUUCACAAGAUUCUAAGGUGGAAAACCAGGGCAGAUUUCUUCACGGCGUGACAGCGCCUUCGCAACCAUUCCUGCUACGAGGAGACAUUGCAACUCAUAACGAUUCUCACUCACCACACCUUGCAGCCCAUUCCCCGAGUCUCCUUGAGAAAGGAUCCCACACAAUUAUGGACAAAGAGAACAUUGAGCCGAUGUUGAACGUCUACGGCCGAGUCGAUCCCCUAGUUGGUUGGCAAUCACCUGCGAUGAAGCGGUCUGAUAGAGUGUUGUCACCACAGUACCUCUUUGGAGACGUACAAUACUCCGGAUAUAGCCCAUUUGAGUGUCAUGAGAGUCCGAUGGGCUAUUGUUUCAACCCAUUAUCUAGCUCGCUCACGAGGAUGGCCACGGAGGAAAAUCCAAUAUAUGCGGCCGAACCUGAGAACAUGUUGAAGGGCCCCUCUGCUGCACGAGUCAGCUCUCCCGAUGCUACGAUUUCUGAUGUCGAAGAUGAGGAUUUCAACCGGUUAUAUCUGGACGGGGGUUCCUAA